AAAAACAAUUUAUUAAUGCAUAGUAAAUGAUACUUAACAUCAGGACAUGCCACAACAGAGAUUCUUUAAAACAUCUUCACAAGAAGCAGAAUUCCGAAAAGAAGUUGAAAGCCAAAAAUGGGUACCAGAAAAAAAGACUCCAACAGUAGUUUUAAAGGAGGCUGCCAAGUCCAACACUAGUGGGUUUAAAAAAAGAGAUCUCACACCCUGUGAUGAUGAUGAGAACUAUGAUAGUUUUCAUGCAGUGAUGCUGGGAAAGUCUGUGCAGCAGCAAAAAACAAAAGUGAUAGAAAAAGUUAAAGAUGCUUCACUUACUGCCGAAACCAUGAAUGCCAUUGUUACAUCACAGGAACCAAGAAAUGUAAUAUAUGAUCCUGUUAGUCAACCUGCCAUCAUUUCUCAUGCUAACACUACAAAAUCACUGAAGUUGGAGCAAAGAAAACCUAUAAUUAAAAAAGAUGUUCACGUCCCAAAAAGAAUUAAAAAAAUACAAAAAGAAGAAACUAGAAAGUUAAAUAGAAAGGUUUCUCCUCAUACUCGCUGUUCUUCUAUGGAGACCACAGAAUUUUCAACGGAUGUUAGCAAAUCUGUGGUUGAUAGAUUAAAAUCAUUUGCAAGAAUGGAUGAAGAGUUCUUUGAUAUCAUUAGUCAAAUGGACAAAGGAAAUCAACUAACAGCCAACAAAAUUGAAACAGUAAAUAAUAAAGGAAAGGAAAUUAAUAAAAAUAUAAACACUUUAUUUGAUGAAAAAUUUUCAGAUGAUUUAAGUAUAAAUUUUGUUCCUGGAAGACGACAAUCUUCACCUAUAAUGAAAGUAUCGUCUGAAAACUUUGUAGCUAGAGACUCUAUAAAUAAACAUUCAGAAGUUGCAACUUCUAAAAUAGAAAAUAAAAGCCAAAAUAAACCUAGCAAUGGUAUUCUAAACACAGACAUAGUUCAUUUGAACUCAAUUCACACAUCGUCCCAGAAGCAAAGUUGUUCAGUUGAAGUGACAGCAAAAGAGAUAGAUAGAAAAACUAAUAUAUUAUACAGUACUUUAAGUAAAGAUGCAGUUAAAGACAAAGAAAUAUCUGCUAAAAGCUGUAACACUGCAUCAAUUUGUCAUCAAACACAGAGUUGUAAAGCAGGCUUGGAUUCUGGAAUGACGUUAUCAAGCUGCAUUCAUGAUUUGUUUGAUAUAGAUGCUACUUUGAAGAAAGACGUCCAAUAUGAAGAUAUUGUAAACAUUACUGCCAGUAAAGCUGCAAUUAUUGAUAAACCCACUGUUAAUCCUGUCAAUGGCAAAUUAUUUGUAUCAAAGGAGUCUUUACAUCAGAUGUCAUUGAAUAAAAAACCACUCGUCAGGCUUGCGCCAACACUGAAUAGCACAAAUCAUAAAACAGUUCAUCACUUCUGUACAGCUCAUCCUAAUGCUACAAUAAAGCAAAAGAUUAAUGUGCACUCAUUAUUUUCUCACACACCAGCUAAAUACAAUGUCCUGAAAACAGUGCAGAAACUAGCGUUUCCAAGUUCUCCUAGCCAUCUGCAGCCACAUUCUAUAAGCACUUCAUGCUUGGAGGAUGACAAAAGUGAAAUAUAUUCCAAGGAGGAAGAUAAAAGGUUGUCACUCAUUGCAGACAAAAUAAUAAAUGAAAUUGAAACAAAGUCAAAUGACAAUGUUUCUGAACCAUCACCAAUAGCCGCUGAAAAGAAAUUUAUGAAAUUACAAGAUAUUGUUGAUCAAAUUUUUGAGGAAAAUGAUAGUUUUGAUGGCAGUUUGGUUGGCCAGAAAAUUGAACUGAAUGUCGGUAAUUCAAGAUUCUUCAAUGUAGCUGGACCACCCAAGUUACACUUGGAGCCAGCUGAAGUAACAAAUACAUUAGCUCCACAAUAUGUAUCUUUGUUAAAUGAAAAAAAUGAAGUUAUUUCUGAUGAUGAUAUUCAAGAUGAAUUAAUUGAAAACUUAAAUGAUAGUGAGGUUUUUGAAGAGCUGAGCAAUAGUGAAAGGGAACACAAAUUAAGGGUACUAAACAGACAGCAUCACUCUGCUCAAGACUUACGACAGAUGGAGAGUGAUUCCGAAGAUGAUGAAAUGGAGGAUGAAAAUGCAGAGGAUGGUUUAAUUGGAAAAUUUGAAUCAGUACUUGAUAUGCAAAGAAGAAGAAAUAAAACAAGACCUGACAGUGCCAGUGAAUGUUCAGAUAACAUGAAAAACACUUAUCUAGAAAGAAGAUGUCAUUCACAGCCAAGUGUUAUUGUAGGAAAAUCAACAGAAAAGUUAACGUUUUUGUCUAACUACAACUCUGUGAUGAAAGAGACACAAGAUCUUUCAAAUCAGCUUCAAGCAUUAAAUAUGGAAUUAAAGAAUGAAUAUAAAGAGCCAGCACAAGGUAGCAUGGUAGAUAAUAAAAAUGACAUUCCAUGUACACAAAGUUCUAAAAUUAAAACCAAGAUAUGGAAUAAUAUAAAUGAAAACUCUAAUAAGCUUCAAAGGUCAACGUCAUUACCUAGUUUUGCAGUGAGUAACAGAGUAAGAACUCUCAUUCGUGCAAAAAGUGAAACAGCAUUACACCAUGCAGUGGCAUUCUUUGAUAAUGCGAACAAUGUUCAGUCACAGAGGGACCUCGUGUUUUUACUGAAGGAAAAAUAUUGGUAUCAAUGGAUUGAUGAACAAUAUGCUCUUGACACUAUGAGUGAAGAAGAUUCUGACAUUCAAACAUCAAGGUCAGCUUCUGCAGUUCCAUCAGUGUAUGAAAUAGAUUUCAUUCCUACAAAAGACGGUAGUUUGAUAAAGUUGCUACAAGAAGAAAUAAGCAUACUAACGAAGCGAAUUGAUACAUUAAAUGACACAUCUGGAUUGCUUGGCUUUCUUCUUUGUCGCAGAGGUGCUCUCUAUAAGAAGGCUGGAGAAUUGAAGAAUGCACUGAUUGAUCUCAACAGGUCAAUAGAACUCGAACCAAAACUCGUCGAUGCAUACUGGCAUCGACAUUUAGUUCUUCGAAUUCAAGGCGAUACAAAAAAAGCAUUGGAAGAUUUGAAUCGAGUUACCACUUUAAACCACAAUCAUUCAUUUGCAUUCAGGUCAAGUGCUGAGAUAUACAAAGAAAAAGGUGAUAUCGAGUUAGCUAUCUCUAGCUAUAGUCAGGCAAUACACAUUGAGCCAUCUAAUACAGAGCUGCUGUAUCUCAGGGCUGAACUCUUAGAGCAGAGAGGUGAUAUUAUGUUGGCUUUAGAAGAUUAUAAAUCAGCAAACAAACUUGAACCAACCAACACAACAGCUUUAUAUAAGAUUGGUACCUAUCAUUUCAAUAUCGGAUCGUGGAUGGCCGCUAUAAAAGACUUUACAGAGUUUUUAUCAAAACAACCAAAAAAUGCAGACGUAUAUUUCUUGAGGGGGAGAGCGUUCACCAAACUAUUGCGUUAUAAAGAAGCCAUUACUGAUCUUUCUGUCAGUAUUCAUCUGAAGCCGAACAAUCACCUUGCAUUCUUCCAUCGUGGUUGCUUGCUUAGAAAAUGUCUUCCAAAACAAGCUGUGCAAGAUUUCAGUGUUUCACUACUGCUCGAUUCAACAGUUGCAAAUGUCUCUUCGUAUCUUCAUCGAGGGAUUUUGUAUACUGAGUUGCAAAGGUACGAACAAGCAAGUUUAGAUUUCGAAGCAGCUAUUCGUCUGGAUCGAAAACUCGCACCUGCGCAUGUUAACCUUGGAGUGAUUGAAAUGAAUUUUAAAAAGAAUAUACCUCUAGCCAUUAAUAGAUUCAACAUUGCCAUUCGCAUGGAUCCGACCUAUAUUCGCGCCUACAUGUGUCGUGCAGAUGCCUAUGAAAGAAUUGGCGUGAUCGAUUCAGCCAUAACAGAUUAUUCAAGAGUUAUUCACAUGAAGCCAGAUGAAACAGAAUUUCGAGUAGCAAAGGGUAGGCUGUUGCUGAAGAAGAAAAAGCACGAACUUGCUAGUUUCCUUAUAAGACAAUGUGCUGUGUUAAGUGCGUGGAAGAAAGUUUCACCAACCCAACAAGCUGUUGUUGAAGCAUUCCUAGGAAAUUUUGAGAGGGCCAUUGGUUUAUUAGAAGUUGCCAUCAAAAGUCAACCAAUUACGCCUCUACAUAUUUUACUUGGGAAAACAAAAAUGAAAGCAAAGCGUUACCAGGACGCCAUCGAGAGUUUUCAACAAGCUCUCGAUAUUAUGAAACCAUGGAAUCCCAAACAGUGCUGGCCUAAGGAAGCCUCCCAGGUCUACUUCAUGAUGGGGUUGUGCCACGUGGAAGAGUACGCGUACCAACUAGCGAUUGGAUCCUUUAACUGCUCCUUGAAGAUACAUCCUGGGUUUGCAGAGGCGUAUUACCAGAGAGAGCUUGUUAAGAUGAAAUUGGGUUCAUCGAAAGGUGUACAUGAUUUUAACCGAGCCCUAGCAUGCAACCCAAGUUUUUAUCAAGCUUUUUUAUGCCGAGCGUUAUAUUACGCUAUGAACAAACGAUACGCCAAGGCGAUUAUGAACUGUAACGAGGCCAUCAAACUUGAAGAGAGAAGUGUACAGGCAUACUUAUAUAGGGGUUCUAUCAAAUACCACAUGAAAUCCUAUGACUUGGCAAUCAAAGACUUGACAAAAGCUAUAUCUAAAGAUCAGUCUUGCGCGUUAGCUUACUUCAAUCGUGCAGCAUGUUAUCAUCAGAAAAAACAUUAUUUCAAGGCUUUGAAAGAUUACAGUAUAGUAUUGUUGAGCGACAUUUCUUUGAGGAUGAAGGCUUUACUUAAUCGAGGGUUAUUAUAUUUUGAAAUAAAUGAUAUGGAAAACGCCUGUGACGAUUUUUUGACGGCGCUUGACGAGGAUCCUCGCAAUGCAAAAAUUUAUCAUACCCUUGGCUUAUGUUAUCACAGAAUGGGUUGUGUUGAAAAAGCAGUUGAAGCAUUUACAACAUCGUUAGAAUGCGAUCCAUUCUUUACCAAUUCGUUAAUUGGUCGGGGAAACGCGUUAAUUAGCUGCAAUAAUCAACAAGCAACUAUCUCGGGAAGACGUGAUUAUAGUCGCGCAUUGCACAUGGAUCCAUCUUGUGCCGAAGCAAGGGUAAACCUGGCUCAUUGUUUACAACUCAACGCACAGCACAUGAAAGCGUGGUAUCUUUACACAAGAACAAUAGAACUUGCCCCAGCUAGUAAGUCAGCGCUGGAGGGUCGAGCAUUGGUAAACUUACGGAUGCAAAACACGUAUGGUGCUUUUCUGGACAUCAAUAAUGCACUCAAAAUUGGGAAAUCAGCUGAAUUGCUGACAAUCAGAGGUGUUGUAAACCAGUGUCUUGGGGACAACGUAAGUGCAAUGUCAGACUAUCAAGCCGCCAUUAAAUUCAAUCCUUCAUACGGACUUUCGUAUUACAACGCAGCUAACCUGUACUUUCUCCACAAGCAAUUUGAACAGGCGAUAUCAUAUUAUAAUCGCACGAUAGAUUGGGAUCCAUCAGAUGCGCCCGCUUAUGUAAACAGAGGCACAGCUAAGAGUAUCGUAAAAGACGAAACUGCAUUGCAAGAUUUUGAAAUCGCAGCAUCAUUAGCACCGAAUUGGUCGCAUAUAUACUUCAAUCGUGGCAACGUUUACUUCUCGUUGCGAAUGCAUGAAAACGCUGAUGAUGAUUUCACACAAGCUUUAUCACUGAAACCAAACGACGCAUUGCUCUACAAGCGGCGAGCUGAUGUGAGAGGUAAAAUGGGAAGGAAAGAAGCAGCGUUAAAGGACUAUCGGCGCGCUAUUGACUUGAAGAAGACAUGACGAGUGUGUUGUGCAAUCAUUGAGAGAUUACCGGAAGAACUAAUUGUCAUAUUGUCAAGGAAAUUCACACGCCGUGUUUAUUUAAUUUAUUUAUAUCCGCUGAAUGAUAUAUCGAGGAUAAUUAUAUUAGUAUUAACAUCAUUUCCUUCUUCCAGGUUAAAUUCGUUGACGGCCUUAGAAUAUGGAUUUUUUGGUUUCUUUAGAAAUCCAGUGUUAAUGUUGAGAUUAUAAACCUGUUAAUAAAAUAUAUGUAUAUACUGUUAUUUUUAUUACCAUUGAAAUUUUUAUUACUACUGUAUCUUUUUAAUGAAAAAUUUCAAAUAAAAGACUGUUAAUUUUUAUGCCGGACUUGAUAAGUUAGAAAACAGACUCUGACAUUUUCUUUAAUUUUUUUCUAAAUUUUUCUUGAAAUCGGAUGGAAAUAAGGGUUGCAUAAACAUGAAAUUCUAUAUACAUCUUGAAGCCCCAAAACAUGGAUAAAAUAGCCUUCGUGACGUUUUUAACCCUUUGUGCAAAGUGUCACAUGCUGGUGGGCACUUCUGGGACAAUUUAAGCUUUAUUUGCUAAGAAUUUGGUAUGGGUAAAAUUAAUUUUUUUAUUUAAAGAACCACUUCGUAAAUGAUUGUUGCAUUAUUAAGGCUUAAGCCUCAGUUGGCUAACUUUUCAAUUGUUGAUCUGGAUAUUAGGGUCAGCCCUUAACAACUCGGUUGCUUGGUUGGUUAAUUUUAUAAAAAGAAAAUUGAUUUAGAAAGAUAAGGAUUUUUCUAGCUUCAAAUUGUCCUUAUUUUGGUUGACCACAAGUCACGCAUGCGCAUGUUCUGAAAUGUUCCAUUCUUUCAUUCGAGGUUUGAUGAUUUGUUCAGUCAAUUUCUUUGAUUAGAAUACUAUUGGUAUCACAUAUUUAAUUUACAACCUUGGA